ACAUCCGUUUAAAGUGAAGUUUGGGGAAGUCCUUUCUGGGAUGUUGAGUAGUUUUUGUUUCAAGGGAAGCAAUGUGUGCAAAAUUUUACCUUUCAAUAGUUUGUGUUUUGUUGUUUUAAAAGAAAAAGUAGGUAAAAGUUAUUUUUAAAACAUCUAAAAGCUCGGGGAGGGUAGAGAAUUAAAAAGCCACAAUGAACUAAUUUCAGUAAUCCGGAAUAUCAAGAUGAAAUAACAAAAAUCGUGCGGCGCUGUUUUUUUUUCCCACGGAGUGAACGCGGGGCUGUAUUUUUUUUUCUUUGGUUGGUGGUGGGGGUUAUUGAAAUGAAGCUGUUUGCGAGCUCGCUGCUGCUGUUACUGCUGCUCCUCCCGGUGUUAGGUGUUUCCCGGGCCGAAAACCUCCUGCUCCCCCUUAGGAUCUCCUCUUACAAUGGCUCGGGAGAGUUGCUUUUGGACAAGCGGAGCGCGCUGCUGGGUGGCAUCUCCCUCGCCUCUCAGGCUGCCGGCGCGGUCAGCUUCUUGAAUAUGCUCAACAACCUGAAGGGAGACGUAGGGAGAGGCUACUACCUGGAAGUGCUGAUCGGGACCCCACCACAGAAGAUGAAUAUACUGGUUGAUACAGGGAGCAGUAACUUUGCAGUAGCUGGUGCCCCAUAUGGUAAUAUGAAGACCUACUUUGAACCAGUAUUAUCCAGCACCUAUAAGUCCAGUGACCAGGUUGUCACUGUCAGGUAUACCCAGGGAAGUUGGGUGGGCAACCUUGGCACAGAUGUCAUUACCAUUCCAAAAGGACCUAAUGGUACCGUCACCAUCAAUAUUGCCACUAUCCUUCAGUCAGAGGAUUUCUUUUUGCCUGGAAUAAACUGGCAAGGGAUUCUGGGGCUGGCCUACAGAAUGUUAGCAAAACCGUCCAGUUCUGUGGAGCCAUUCUUUGAUUCGUUAGUGAAACACGUGGGGAUUUCAGAUGUAUUCUCACUCCAGAUGUGUGGUGCUGGGUUGUCACUAAUAGGCGAAGAGCAAGCCAGUCCAGCAGGAGGGAGCCUGGUUAUGGGUGGAAUUGAACCAAGCCUUUAUAAGGGGGAUAUCUGGUACACCCCUAUCAAAAGAGAAUGGUAUUACCAAAUUGAGGUUCUUAAACUGGAAGUGGGAGGACAAAACUUAAACCUGGACUGCACAGAGUACAACACUGACAAAGCCAUUGUGGACAGUGGCACCACUCUCCUGCGCCUACCAAUGAACGUGUUUGUUGCAGUUGUAGCAGCCAUUAAACAAACAUCAAAGGUUAAAGAAUUUGCUGAUGGAUUUUGGUCAGGUAGCCAGCUAGCCUGUUGGGUACAAGGAGCCACACCUUGGUCCUACUUUCCCAAAAUCUCCAUCUACCUCCGAGGAGAGAAUUCUACCCAAUCUUUCCGUAUCACCAUCUUGCCACAGUUGUACAUUCAGCCAAUGGCCGAUAUUGGAGCCCAGAUGGAAUGCUAUAGAUUUGGAAUCUCCUCGUCCUCCAACGGACUGGUGUUGGGAGCCACUGUAAUGGAAGGCUUCUAUGUCAUCUUUGACCGGGCGCAGAAACGAGUUGGGUUUUCUACCAGCUCAUGUGCAGUCAUUGAUGAUUCCCCAGUCUCUGAAAUUGCUGGUCCAUUCUCGGCAGCUGAUAUCUCGAGCAACUGUAUCAACAAAAGGCCAAGGACAGAGCCUGCACUCUGGAUCAUUUCCUAUGCCCUGAUUGUGCUGUGUGGCAUUACCCUCCUCAUUUCAGUCAUCCUGCUAAUUGUCCCUUGCAGCCAUCGAAGUGGCAAUGGACUCACUGAUGAUUCAUCGCUAAUUAGGCAUCGCUGGAAAUAAAGCCAUACACUUCGUCCCCAGAGCAUGUUUGGAGUGAAUAUUGGGGCGUUUGCACUACUGAUGGCACCCUUGUAGCCUGGUGCCUAAUGGAACAACGAUUGUUUUAAAAAUAAAUUCUGCUGAUGGUGACUGAUGCCGUGCCAGGUUUGGGAACGGAACCUUCGAACUGUGUUGCACAAAAGUUCAUUCUAAUUAAUUGCCCCAUAUCCUGAUUUAGUGGAGUGCACUGUACACUGACCAAUAUGUAUCGGUUAUCAAAUCCCUUUUGUAAACUUUGAAACUGCUAGUUGGAACCCGGGCAUUUUGUCUCAAUCUUCUGCUGUGAUUGGAAGUUUUUCAAUCCACGGACAUUAUGAAUGGGCUGUGAGCUUAUGGGUAUGUUUUCAAAUUGUAAUGUCAUUGAGGCAGAGCUUUGUGAUACCACAGGAGGAGCAAGAGCUACACAAAAUAUCUGUGCUCACUCAAAAUUCCCCUCUCCAGCAAUCCUAAACCAAAGAGCCAUAAGGGAGGUGGGGAAGCAAAAAGAUGUCAAUAAGUGUACAGCCAUCUCUCAUUGUUUCAUUUUGGGGUCACAGGACAAUUCAAUAGAAUGUAUAAUGUGUUUUUUGCUUCCUGUAUUUGAAGGUGAUUGUAACUCUUAUCAACAGCUGAGUUAAGCCAUUGUUUCAAACCUAAACAAUUGCACUCUUCUUAUAAACUGCACGACAUAAUACAGGCCAAAGGCUUUUGGAUACCAAUUUCAGCAGGUAGGAUUGUCGGUUGCGGAGGGGGGCGGGAUUCAGCAGCCAAAAUUGACAAUAUCCCCGGGGUCGUCCUGUGCUUCGAGCUACGCCACUGUUGGGUUUGAAAACUUUUGGCCUACCUGUUCACUGUUAGGUAACAAAUCCUGAGCUAACGCUGGAAUUCAGUCCCUCAAUUCAGGAGCUCAUGGGUUAAUUCCAUGUCGGUCUUGCGUUUUGGUGCCAUCUGUAGCCAGCAAAUGAAAUUGCAGCCUUGCUAACUCGUGCAAACUAGCUCUGUUCGAAAUACAAUUCCUCCUCUGUGUAGCCACAUACAUAUGUACACAUGCUCCUCACCCUUCGCUUUAAGGUCCUCCUAUCCAUGCCUUGUAUUGUCAAGCUCAGCACUGUUGUUUGCCUACUCUAGAGCCCCAAUUAUAAUCAACUAUGUACAAAUGUUCCACAGGACCUCUUGACACUGCUGACAAAAACCACCUCAUUGUUAAUGCCAGGUGACAAGAGUGGGUUGUCCCACCCACCUACUGUCUACGGAGUCUAGACAUGUCUAUAGCGGAAAGUUUCUGUCGUAACUCUUGAUUACGCGUUACAGGAAGCCACACACUGUUUUUAUGCACUUGACGGGGUAAGGGGGGGGAAAUUUUCUUUUGGUCACUAAUUGGGCACAAUUCAGUACCACGGCUGAGUGAGAGGAAGAGUUUACAGUGAGGGACAGCUCUUCAUUCCCCCAUAGAACUCAUCAAAAAUUGAUCCUGGAAUAUGACUGUCCAUAAUCACAUCAGCUGGGCGCUGCUUGCAAUCGUACAGGACCAAGGGACUUGUGGUUCUGUGUGGGGGAAAUGGGGAUCACUUGUAGGGUCGCCUGGCUGGAGAUAAAUGACUCCAGCAUCAGUACAGCUGUUGGGAGGAUGCAGUUGCCCAACUGACAACGAGAUUGAUGGGAGGUUUCGAGGACCAAUAUUGACUGGUGCUUAUUUCUGUCAGAUGAAUUGAUUCUAUCUGCAUUUUUUUUUUUGCCAAGCUAUGGAAUGAGGCGUAUUUUCAGUCAGAGUGCUCUGCAAACCUCUCCCUACCCUGCAUCAGCCUCAGAUGGACUCCCGCCACUAUUUGUUUUCCAGACCAGUUAUCCUGUGGGCCAUGAGACUAUCUGUUUAAAAACACACAUUUUAAGAUUGUUGCAACUCAUUCCAUAUAGACCCAAACAAAUGAAACCUGCAUCAUAAUCAGCCAGGGCUGGGAUUUAAGUUCUCAUUUAAUGAACAUCGAGACAGUAAAACCAAAAAUGAGUUUUUUUUAUUAGGAUGCAUAUUUUGCCUUGACAGCACUUUCCCCCUAAAGUGUGGAGUGUUGAAAUGUUUACGAAAUGUAAAAUAACAGUUGUGGGGACUUGACACAUUUAAAAAGCUUCUGAUGGUUAGAAGAGCUUUUUGCUUUUUAAUGUGUGACAUAAUGUGGUAACAUCAUACUUAAAGAUGAAGUGCCUUGUCAACCAAUGUGUCCACCUCUGAAAUUUUCCAAAGAUUAUUGUAGUAUUUUAUGUACUUUUUGAUUUUCAGUCUGCUACAGCACACGUCUUGGGAUUAUGUAAGAGGCAAACCAGUCACUUUAAUAGAAUAGCAAUUAAGUUAUGAAUAAAAACCCCUUGGGCUUUGUAAAUCUUAAACAAUAAAAUAAGCAGUCAAAGGAAA